AUGGCAUUUGCUGUUGGAGAUUCACUUGAGGUUUGUGGGCUGGACGCCGGAUUCGAGGGUUCCUACUACAUAACAACGGUUUUUUCAGUGGAAGAUCAAUCAGUCCUGGUGGAAUAUGCCUCUUUGUUAACCGACGAUGCAUCGGGUUGCCUCCAAGAGAUGGUACAUCACAGUCAUCUCAAGCCACAUCCUCCUCAUCUAACCCCAUCCGAGUUCCGUCUUGAUGAUGUGGUUGACGCUUAUGACAAUGAUGGGUGGUGGGUAGACAAGAUCACCAUGAUAGAGCAAUCAAGGAGUUAUGUAACUUUUAAUGGCGAUGGACAAAAAACCGGCGACAGAGACAACUAUUCCAAUGACGAGGUGAGUGUUGUUUACAAUUAUAGGUAUUUUGUCCUCUUCCCCUGCGGUGAUGAGAUUGCAUUGCCGUGCACUAGCUUGCGGAUUCAUCAGGAAUGGAGGGAUUCCAAUUGGGUUCAUUGA